AUGCUGCUCCGUUCCAAGAACGCACUACUCGAUGGAGGAACGCACUACGGUGGUGGUAAACAGAGAAAAUUCACCCCGCGCGGUGAGUACAAAGUUUCCAACCUGAAAAUGAACCGUCAUGCAGGCAAUACAGAUGUCGGGAAGGUUCGCGCAGAUUUAAUUCCUGGCGUCACACACAAGCACCGAGUUCGUAGGGACAGCCCGAGAGCUAAUAUUGGGGAUGAUAAAGUGAAGUCCUCCGGCUCACCCCAGAGAAGGGAGACACUGCCUCUGAGUUACUCGCGAGAGGGCAUCACCUCACCGGCUGGGCGCAGCAGAGUGACACGGUCCGAAUUGCGAUGGAGCAACGAGGACAGAAGAGCGGCCAGUUCGAGGCAGGACGAACUCAAACUCACCAGUUCAACCUUCGCAUUGACCGGAGAUUCCUCUCACAACCAAGCCAUGGUGCACUGGUCUGGGCAAAAUAGCAGUGUGAUUCUCAUGCUGACCAAGCUGUUUGACUUCAACCUGAACAGUGUCACAGAGAGCUCAUUGUGGAGGUCAACCGACUACGGAACCACUUACCAGAAGCUCAAUGAGAAAGUGGGGGCGAAAACAAUCCUCAGCUACUUGUACGUCAGUCCCAACAACAAGAGAAAGAUCAUGCUUCUGACUGACCCGGAGGUGGAAAGCAGCCUGCUGAUCAGCUCCGAUGAGGGAGCCACCUAUCAGAAGUACCGCCUCAGCUUCUACAUCCUCAGCCUGCUCUUCCACCCCGAGCAGGAGGACUGGAUCCUUGCCUACAGCCAUGACCAGAAGCUGUACAGCUCGGUGGAGUUUGGAAGGAGGUGGCAACUUGUCCAUGAGAGGGUGGCCCCCAAUCGAUUCUACUGGUCGAAAACGGGUUUAGACAAAGAACCGGGCUUAAUUCACCUGGAAACCAUCAUCUCUGAAGGACAGGCGCUGUACGUCACCUGCAAGCUGCAGAACUGCACCGAGGCCAAUAAGGGCAAGCCGUUCCCUGGCUACAUUGACCCCAAUUCUCUUGUGGUGCAAGACGAGUAUGUGUUUGUCCAGGUGUCAACUGGUGGGCGUCCAAUCUACUACGUGUCAGCCAAGCGGGAAGUCUUCACACCCAUGAAGCUACCCAAGUACACCUUGCCUAAGGAUCUGCAUGUGAUCAGUACGGAUGAGAACCGGGUGGUUGCGGCGGUGCAGGAGUGGAACCAGAACGACACCUACAACCUGUACGUGUCAGAGACUGGAGGGGUCUUCUACACCCUGGCCCUGGAGAACGUAGUCAGCAGCAUGGGGCACGAGGGCAACGUCAUGAUAGACCUGUAUGAGGUGGCGGGUAUAAAAGGGAUGUUCCUCGCCAACAAGAAGAUGGACAACGUGGUGAAGACUUACAUCACCUACAACAGAGGGAGAGACUGGAGGCUACUGCAGGCUCCCACUGCUGACCUGAGGGGCAACAGCAUCCGCUGUGAACUACCAUACUGUUCCCUACACCUCCACCUACAUGUGUCGGCCAACCCCUACACGUCGGGGAAUAUCGAGAGCAAGGACUCUGCCCCGGGGAUCAUUGUGGCCUCAGGCUGCAUCGGAGUGGAGUUGACCACCAGCAACGUGAGCAUGUUCAUCACCUCGGACGCCGGCAACACGUGGAGACAGAUCUUUGAUGAGGAGUACAGUGUUCUCUACCUGGACCAAGGAGGGGCCCUGGUGGCUAUAAGACACACUCCACUCCCCAUCCGACACCUAUGGAUGAGUUUCGACGAGGGGAGAGAGUGGAAUAAAUACAGUUUCACCAUGUCGCCCCUGUUUGUGGACGGGUUACUAGGGGAGCCGGGGGAGGAGACUCUCAUCAUGACGAUCUUUGGCCACGUCAGUCACCGGUCCGAGUGGCAGCUGGUCAAGAUUGACUUCAGGUCCAUCUUCAACCGGAGAUGUACAGAGGGGGAUUACCAGACAUGGCACCUACACAACCGGGGCGAACCAUGCAUCAUGGGAGUGAAAAGAAUCUACAGGAAGUUGAAGCCCAUAGCCAGGUGCGUUAUGGGUAAGACGUACUCGGUCACGAUGACCUCGGCGCCCUGCGACUGCACAGAGGCUGACUUUGAGUGUGACUAUGGCUACGAUAGGCGGAGUGACGGCAAGUGCACCCCCGCCUUUUGGUUCCUACCAUCGUCGAUGUCUAGAAGCUGCACCACAGGGACUACUUUCAUCAACAGCACAGGCUACAGGAAGGUUGUGUCCAAUAACUGCACAGCGGGCGUGAUAGCAGAGUACACGGCCAGGAGGCAGCACUGUCCUACCCAGGCCCCCAAAGGCCUGCACCUCGUCACCAGUGAAGGAAAGCUGACAGCUACGCUGGGCACCAAUGUCACCUUCCUGGUGUUUCUUGAAGAGGGCGACGGAGCCAGGACGAGCAUCAUGGUGGACUUCGGGGACGGUCACGCUCUGACCUACUCCAACGUGAGCUCCAUAGAGAAUGGGGUCAAGCACGUCUACAAGGCUGUCGGGAUAUACCGUGUGACCGCUACAGGAGAGAACAGCCUGGGGUCGGAGAGCGUGGUGCUGUACCUCCACGUCACAUGUCAGCUGGAGUAUAUCCAUCUCUCCGCUCCCUUUGUGGUGGUGAAGAGUAAGGAAGUCAACCUCACUGCUGUGCUGUGGCCUAGCCAAGUGGGAACAGUCACCUACAUAUGGUGGUUCGGAAAUAACACUGAGCCGAUAAUCACCCUGGAAGGGAGCGUGGCGUGCACGUUCUCCAGGGAAGGCGUCAACACUGUCACCGUGCAGGUGUCCGCUGGGAACGCCAUCCUGCAGGACCGGAAAACCAUCGCUGUCCACGAAUAUUUCAGGUCACAUCUACUAGCCUUCUCAUCUAACCUGGACGACCACAACCCCGACGUGGCCGAAUGGAGACUGGACGUCAGCAGAGUCAUCAAGAACUCCAUGGUCAAAGCCACAGGGGUGACCCCGGAGCGGCUCCUUGUCACCGUCCUACCAGGUUUGCCCACGGCAGCAGAGUUUUUCCUCCUGCCAGACAAAGAGUUAACGGAGGGCAAGCCGGAGAAGAACUCAGCUCAUUUAAACCAGCUCACUGAAAUCUUACUUAGCGCCCUCAACCAAAACCUGGUCCAGUUCACCCUUCGGCCUGGGGUCCAGGUCACAGUAUACGCUGCACAUUUGUCAGCAGCGCCCCUAGUGGACACGAGUGAGAACCACAGCGGCUCGGCCAUGCUGAUGCUGCUGUCGGUUGUGGUUCUGGGUUUGGCGAUAUUUGUCGUCUACAAAUUCAAAAGGAAGAUCCCAGGCCUCAACGUCUAUGCGCAGAUGCAGAACGAAAAAGAACAAGAAAUGAUCCAGAGUCCAGUAAGUCCUACGGAAAGCACCCUGGUGUCCCCGAACACUCCGAGGGAGCUGGUGACUUCUCCGGAGCUUAUGGACACAGAGUUGAACACACGGCCCAUCGGUGAGUGA